AUGAAGAGAGAGGAAGAAGACCGAUUGAGUUCUCUCCCAGAUGAUCUUCUCAUCAACAUUCUGAAUCGUCUACCCAUCAAACAAGUUGCUGCUACUCAUAUUUUAUCGCAUCGAUGGAGCUUUCUCUGGAAAGAAGUCACCACCUUACGCCUUGUAGGUUACCUCCCUACCUAUUCCUCUUUCGUUCCGAUUUCACAACUUAUGUUUUCGCAAAAAAUCACUGCUUUCGAGUUCGAUUGCAGCCGCCGAGUCUACCAAUCCCGAAUUUACUUCAAUGAUAUGUUAAGAAUCUGGGUUACAGAGAUUUGUCGUUUUCGGCGUACCAAGGAACUCAAACUAAAAUUAGAGCUCCAUAACCGCUUCUAUUUACCACCUAUCAUCCUCCAAACCCCGACAAUCCAAGUCCUCAUCCUGUUGGAUGGUAAUUUCCGUUUAAAUUUACCGAGCAACGGAAUUCGUCUCCCUAACUUGAUCAAGCUACAAAUAUCUGGAAAUGAAUCGUCUCUAGAUCUUCAGUUAUUGAAUAAUCUUCUCACGUCUUGCCCUCUUUUAGAAGAUGUGCACUUUCAAGGGAAAAUAGUCUUGAAACACCAGAUUGAUCAACAUUCGAUGCCUAUAUAUGCAAAGAAUUUAAAGUUUCUGCGAUUAUAUUUGGAUAUUAAGAAAAAGGUAUAUGGUUGGUAUAAUAAUAGGCCAUACUUUAGGGUAUUGAUCGAUGCACCUAAACUCGAACAAUUUCAUGUUGUUAGUUCUACAACUUCAAAAAUUCCAGCGUUUAUCUUUCUGACGAUCCCAACUGGUUUAGUUGAAGCCAGAGUUUAUAUUAGAACAGGGAAAUUACAAUGGUGUAAUUUCGUAAACCAUGGGUUGGAGAUGAUUCGAUCGAUUGUUGGUAUUAAAUUUCUAUGUUUGAGUGGUAAUGUGCUAGGUCCUCUUAGUUGUUGUGUAAGUUCUAGAAACCUUCCGAUCCUCCAUUGUCUUACUAAACUUGAAGUUGGUUUGGAUAAUUACCCCACAAGCUGGAUAGGGUUGAAGAAAUUUGUGGAAUGUUGUCCUAAUUUAAAGGUUCUUGUAUUGAAAAGGAUGAAUAGUGAUUUCCGUUGGGAUGAACUGAACAGGUCCAGACUUGUUGAUCUAAUGACCACGAUGACUACUACGGUAAAUGUAUUGAAGUUGGAAGAUGAUAAAUAUGAUUCAGGGCUGGAAACUUUCUUUCUAAACAUAAUCAAAGACAUUCUACAAAUUAAGGUUGAAACAUUUUCUACAAAUUAA